UGUUUUUCUCGAUUUCGCACUAAGGAGGGGUGGUCGGACUUCGAUGUGCCGCCAUCUUUGAGUAGGGCACAGCCGUUUACAGCCUUGGAAUGGAAAUCGGACUGAAUGGUGGUUGCUUGGCAACGCCCCACGGUCGCCACUUUUGAGUAGGGCACACUGUUUACUACUUCAAAAUGGAAACGUAGACGGAAUGUGGUUGCUAGGCAACGCCUUGGGAUCGUCGCAAUCUUUGAUCGCGGCACAACUGUUUUUUCCGUUUAGAAUGUAAAUCAUCAAAGUCUACAGGAUGGUGUAUAGGCAAGGCCUUGGCGCAGUCAUCAUCUUCAAUCCGGCCUCUUGGUUCGCCUUACCUCCUCGGAGAAACUAAAAAGCUUUGUAAAUUCAAUUAGCCGCCAUCUUUGUUAGGGGUACUAUGACUUCCGGCUGGGGCGGAAGAGAACUUAACGGGUUUGGGGGAGGUGCCUGAAUAGGGUUUGAGGGUCUGAGUUGGAUGAAGAAGGCGGGAAGUUAAUCCCGUUCCAGUCGGCUCCCCAUCUCGCCCUCUGGCGGCUCCCGACCGCAGACCGAGUUACUGUGAUUGCCGGCAUGCUCCAAGACCGGCACUGACAGUCCCCACGUGGGGGCUGCGGUGGGAGUCCUAAAUGGGGGAGGAAGGGACGGGCGGCACCGUGCAUCUGCUGUGCCUCGCGGCCUCCAGCGGGGUCCCCCUGUUCUGCAGGAGCAGCCGCGGCGGCGCCCCCGCCCGUCAGCAGCUCCCGUUCUCUGUCAUCGGUUCUCUCAAUGGAGUCCACAUGUUCGGGCAGAAUCUGGAGGUGCAGCUGAGCUCUGCAAGGACCGAGAACACGACCGUGGUGUGGAAAAGCUUCCAUGACAGCAUCACCCUUAUUGUUCUGUCAUCUGAGGUGGGCAUCUCUGAGCUGAGGCUGGAGAGACUACUCCAAAUGGUGUUUGGAGCCAUGGUCCUUCUUGUGGGACUUGAAGAACUGACCAAUAUCCGCAACGUGGAGAGACUGAAGAAGGACUUGAGGGCCAGUUACUGCCUGAUCGACAGCUUCCUAGGGGAUUCGGAGCUCAUCGGGGACCUGACCCAGUGUGUAGACUGUGUGAUUCCACCAGAGGGGACCCUCUUGCAGGAAGCCCUCUCCGGGUUCGCUGAGGCCGCGGGCACGGCCUUCGUCAGUCUGGUGGUGUCGGGCCGGGUGGUGGCGGCAACAGAAGGUUGGUGGCGGCUGGGGACGCCCGAGGCCGUGCUGCUCCCCUGGCUGGUGGGGUCCCUACCGCCGCAGACCGCUCGCGACUACCCAGUGUACUUGCCGCACGGGAGCCCCACGAUCCCACACCGGCUCCUGACGCUGACGCUGCUGCCAAGCCUGGAGCUGUGUCUGCUCUGCGGACCGAGCCCACCCCUCAGCCAGUUGUAUCCACAGCUUUUGGAGCGCUGGUGGCAGCCGCUGCUGGACCCGCUGCGGGCCUGUCUGCCGCUGGGACCCCGAGCGCUGCCCAUUGGCUUCCCCCUCCACACAGACAUCCUCGGGCUGCUGCUCCUCCACCUGGAACUGAAACGCUGCCUCUUCACUGUGGAGCCCUUGGGGGAUAAAGAGCCUUCCCCAGAACAGCGCCGGCGCCUCCUCCGAAACUUCUACACCCUGGUCACCUCCACGCACUUCCCACCAGAGCCAGGGUCACCAGAGAAGACGGAAGAUGCGUUCCACCAGGCCCAGCUGCCCAGAGCCUGCUACCUGGUGUUAGGGACCGAGGAACCAGGCUCAGGAGUGCGUCUGGUGGCCCUGCAGCUGGGGCUUCGGCGGCUGCUGCUGCUGCUGUCUCCUCAGAGUCCUACCCAUGGGCUGCGAAGUUUGGCCACCCACACUCUGCAUGCCCUCACCCCGCUUCUUUGACUACCUAGCAGUGGGUGAUGGACACAGACAUGGGGCUGUUAGCGCCUCUCUGUUUUUAUUCGCUCACAAUAAUACACAGCCCCUGGAUGGGGAGGGGGUAGGAGGGGCUAUGACAGGGUGGGGUGGGAGGGGAGGAGGCAUCCACUUCCCUGGCCCCUCUCCCCUCUGUGCUUGGGGGGGAAAGGGAGGGAGGGGGCUCCCCCUGACCCCCCAGAAUGUAAACAGCAGCAGAUGAACAAAAAUAAAAAUACAAAAGGCUGGAGGAAGGUCCCAGGCA